AUGGAAGGGAGUGUAGUCUUGGGUCUGGAAGAGGCCGAUGUUCUUUCACAAAGGUUUGCUCAUUCUGAGGAACUGGUUGCUGCUGCUGCUGCUGCUGGUAGACGUGCUGUCGCGACGAGUGAACAGCGUCCAAAUAGAGCUGCUCUAGCGGAGGGAAGUGCUGCUGCUGCUGCUAGUGCGGCCGCCACAGCCAUGCUGCUGCUGGAACAGUGUUCCUUCCCGGCGAUCGAUGGAGGGCGAGCGAGGGAGCGAGGACCACUGAGGCAGAGCAAUCCAGGCGGACAGGUGCAUCGUCGCGGUGCAAAAGGGCACUGGGACGACUAUUCCAGGAAUGUUGCGCUGCACAUGCUCGCCAGCUGGUGCACUGCACUCAUUCCUGGCACCAUCAUUGGCGAUGGCUUUUAUGACCUAUAA